UUUUGUUUAUAUUUGUGUAUAACCACAUAUAAGCUCCAGGUUGUACUUCAGCAAAAUGCCAAGAAAAGGUCAAAGGUCGCAGUCCCAGAAGCUUAGACGUCUGAAGGAGAAAGAACAGGUGAAUGUUUCUCAGAGCAGUGAGCAGGUAAAGGUGUGUGUUUCAGCCUUUCCCAGCACAGAAGUGCAGAGCAGUGUUCAGACAGCAACAGUGUCUUAUGCAGAUGUGGUAAAGAGAGGUGUUCCCUCGGUGUCUGUCCCAGAGCCUGAAGUUAUGCAGCUAAUCCAGACUGAACCCCAGCUAACUGAACAAACACAGCAUGAUGGAGAGACAGCCACAGUGUCUUAUGCAGAUGUGGUAAAGAGAGGUGUUCCCUCAGUGUCUGUCCCAGAUCCUGAAGUUAUGCAGGUAAUCCAGACUGAACCCCAGCUAACUGUACAAACACAGCAUGAUGGACAAGCUCCAGUACAGUCUCAUGUACAGGUUACAAACAGUGAAAGUCGUCCACGAGAUGAGUUCAUUACCAAAGCAGAUCUUAACCGUGUGUUGGACAAAGGCCAUGCAGUGUACUCAGAUGCCAGAAAGAGGUUUGUGAACAGCGUGUUUCUAGCCUGUGAUGAGCUUCCCUCAGUGGUCACCAGCCGCAGACGUGAAUAUCAAGUUGACAUGUCUCAGUUUGCUCGUUACGGCACAUUUGAUGGUACAGGUCAUCUUCCGAGCCUUGAACAAGGACUACAGUGUUUGGCUUCAGAGUUUGCUACGCUUUGCUAGUCAUGGGAGGAACAGUCAUCGCCGUUUGCAGGCUGACUUCAGGUGAAUAUGCAUAUUUUGACCCUCACCCACGUAAGUCUACUGGUAUGCCAUUGUCGCUAAGUGUAAGUGGUGGAACUGCAGUUAUGUUGAAGUUCACACGUCUUAAUGACAUGAUUGACAGGAUCAAAUGUUUGUACCGAAUGUUUAGCAUCGCACCAACCUGCACUUAUGAGCUACAGCCCAUCGAGUUUCACAGUGAAAACGCUGCUGACCAAAGAGAUGCUAAUCAGACCACCGAAUACAGACAAACCGCUACAAGUGCACCAGCACCAGCUUUAAGUGAAUGUGUUCAUGAAUCAAACUCCGAAAUAUACACUGAGCAGACACGGAAACCUGUGACCAAAGAUUUAACCAGUGAAGUAAUGUCAUCCAGAGCUGAUUCUUCAAAUGAGACAGCUGCUCCC